AUGGAAGACUCGCGUGAAAUACUCCUAAACUCGCUCGCCAGCUCCGGCGUUCGCGUCCCAUACGACGUGUCGUCUGUCCGAGACCUCACGCCGGCUACUUUAGUCUCGAUCUGCGGCCAGUCCCUCAACCUCAUCGCCAAAACGUCGUCGUUUCCGACUUCGCUACCUGAUUCCUCCGUCGCCGACCAGUUCAACGUCUGUAUGGCCAUGGCCUCCGGGAUCCAGAGCCUCGGCUACGUCGGCGAUAUGAGCUUCCACAAGUUCUUGUAUCCAUCUGAAGAGGACUCGUGUAAGUUGGUAAGGUUCUUGGUGGAGAGGCUUUCAGAGUCGUCCAGGAGUGGAAGCAGGGGUGAUCUCAAUGACAUGGGGAGAGUGAAAGAAGAUGGCUUUGAAAGCGAUUUGGCCAGCCAAAAAAGAGGUGAGGAUAGACUUGCACCCAAAUGGGAUGAAUUCAGAUUGAACGGUGAAGAGCCUGAAGUAUUGGAUAGCAAGGGUGAAGAUGCAUCCGGCAGUUGUGUUGCUAAUCAUAUGCUGCAAAGAUUGGAGGAAAUGAGUAUUGACAAGGUAUCCAGCAGACCUGGUGACGCACAUUCAUCAGAGGAGAAACAGCUCACAGAGGAGGUUACUGCAAAGACUUUAGAAUUGAAGCACCUUGAAGAAGAGCUGGAAUUGUUAAAAGCAGCAGUAGCUAUAGCAUUUGAUGUCGAUCGUCCCACUGAAUUUUACCUUGAGGAACUUAAUCAGCAAGUGGAUGCUCGUAAGAAACACAUUGGAGAACUGAAGUUACAGCAGGAAGAAAUCAGAAGGCCUUUAGUAGAGAAAAGAAGAUGUCUUCAGGAGACUCUAUCUGCAGGUAACCCUGAUGCUCAAAAAAAGAUGCAGAAGCUGAAACAGCUUGAAUUGGAAAAGGAAUCCAUCUUAGCUGCAAUUCAUAAAAGGGAGGAGGAACUUUCUCAACUUUCUGGGGAUCUAGAGAAGCAGCCAAAAGUAGCAUCAAGGAGAUCUUACAUUGAAAGGGUCAAAGAGAUCACAAAAAAUAGUCGGAAGCAAGAAGCUGACAUAGAGCAGAUUUUAAAGGACACCAGGGAGCUUCAGUUAGAGAGUAAUUCUAUUCAAGAACGCCUCCAUCGGACCUAUGCUGUUGUAGAUGAGCUAGUGUUUAGGGAAGCAAAGAAAGAUGCAGUAGGGAGGCAAGCUUAUAGGCUCCUCACUAGCAUCCAUGAGAGCUUUGAACAAAUUCGUGAGAAGAUUCUGGCAACUGAUAGAAUACGCCGAGAAGCAACUGAACAUGAAAAGAAGCUAGCAUCCAUGGCUUCACGAAGCUUAAAUGCAGACAAGUUACAAGCAGAUCUUGAGGUCAUUAGGAGGGAAAAUGAGUACCUAGAGAAAUCUCUCCAGGAUAAAUAAAACUAUCGAUCUUUCUUUCUGGUGAGAAUGUACAUUAUUUCAGCUGUAGACUUCUCCAGAUUGCAUUUAUACACAGCGAAGUUUGUAACCCCUAUUCCUUAUCAAAGUUUCUUUGUAUACAUAUACAAUCUAUUUUCAAAGUCCCCAUUCUAGUUUGAUGAGUUGC